AUGUCUGCUCCUAUCACCCUCACCAGCUCCGAUGGAGUCGAAAUCACCGUCGAGCGCGCGGUUGCUGAGCGCUCCAUUUUGAUCAAGAACAUGCUCGAGGAUCUUGGUGACUCUGGCGAGGCCAUCCCUAUUCCUAACGUUAAUGAGGCCGUCCUCAAGAAGGUUAUCGAGUGGUGCGAGCACCACAAGAACGAUCCCCCCACCGCCGGUGAUGACGACGAUAACCGCCGCAAGACGACCGACAUUGAUGAGUGGGACCAGAAGUUCAUGCAGGUGGACCAGGAGAUGCUCUUCGAGAUCAUUCUCGCUGCGAACUACCUCGACAUUAAGGCUCUUUUGGACGUCGGCUGCAAGACUGUCGCCAAUAUGAUCAAAGGAAAGUCCCCCGAGGAGAUCCGGAAGACGUUCAACAUCCAGAACGACUUCACUCCCGAGGAGGAGGACCAAAUCCGUCGCGAGAACGAGUGGGCUGAGGAGUAA